AUGGAACGAAUCUUUCGAUUUUUGAGAUGCAACGACGCACAACGUCUUAUGUGCGUGUCUUACCAGCUGAAAGGAACCGCCGACUAUUGGUGGGAAGCAAAGCAGAAAACUAUGACCCCGGAGCAGUUAGAUGAACUCACUUGGGAGCUUUUUAAGACUGCUCUAUGUGAGAAGUUCAUACCCAGAAGCUAUAGGAAAAAGAAGGAGAUGGAGUUUACCACCUUAAAGCAAGGGAAUAAAACUGUAGUGGAGUACGAUCGACUAUUCUGCGAUCUGGCCCGAUAUGCACCGUAUAGAGUGGAUACGGAUGAGAAGAUGUCCGAGUUAUUUUGCGCCGGACUGCGACAAGAGAUAAGAGUUGUAUUGGCAAGUCAAACGGCACUUUCCUACGCCGAGGCCUUGAACAGAGCUCUAGAUAUGGAGCUAGCAAUGCAACCAGAGAAAAUAACACACACACCAACGCCUCCAUCAGCUCAAUAUACGCAAGUAUCAAACACUCCCUACUCUAACCAAGGACAGAAAGGAAAACGCAAAUGGGAAAAUCGUGGAAAUGAGGGUAAAAAGCCAUGGCAAGGUCAGAAUGUCCAGGCUCCAUUCGUGAAAGGCGAUAAAUUAUUUUAUGGUGGACCAGCGACCUCACACCCCGGACACCAAGGGAUACCCCCUUGUCCUAAGUGCAACAAGUUACACACAGGAGUGUGCAGAGCUGGAAACCCAAAUUGUUUCACUUGUGGGAAACCAGGGCAUUACUCGAGCCAGUGCCCCAACCGACAGCAAGGGAUGAGUGGAGGAAGACCCAAUCAGUUUCCAACCCCACAACUCAGAGCAAUGGAAGGAAUUCUUCCUCUACCUCAACCAUUACAGCAACAACCUUUUCGCCGUCCAAACCAGCCUCAUAAGCAGCUACCUGCACCGCAAGCAGGAAUACCACCGCAAUAUCAAAGGAUGUAUGCUAUCAAUAAGAAGAAUCAGGAUAAGAACCAAGGAAACUUAACAGGUAUUGGGGAACUGAAAGGUGUACCCAUUGUUAUUCUCUUUGAUACUGGAGCAUCACAUUCUUUCAUCUCAUAUACUUGUGUGGAUACGUUAGAGCUGAAUGUAGAACCAGCCCAGCUACACUUAAGGGUAGCCACUCCCUUAGGGAAGAUCACCACCGUGACACAUGAAAUGGAAGAAGACACCUAUCAUCUCUGCAGUGCAAGCGAACCAGAUACUAAAAGAAAAGGGCGCGACAGCAUAUUUAGUAUACUUGAGCCAAGAAGAGGAAGCACAAAUAAAGAUUGA